AUGAAAGAGUUAGUACAAAAUUCGCGAAACUCUUUGCUAUUUUAUGUAAAUGGAAAUGAAAUAAUCGAAUCCAAUGCUGAACCUGAUUGGACUCUUUUGUGGUACCUAAGAAAUAAGUUGAAUCUAACUGGUUCCAAGUUGGGCUGUGGUGCAGGUGGCUGUGGAGCUUGCACAGUCCUCAUUUCACACUGUACUGAUCGAUACUCUGGUAAAAUUGAACAUUAUACGGCGAAUGCAUGUUUAGCACCGUUGUGUUCUGUUGAUGGAUGUCAUGUAAUCACUGUAGAAGGUUUGGGUUCAGUGAAAAACUCAAAUAUUCAUCCAGUUCAAUCUCGUCUAGCUGAAAUGUUUGGUACACAAUGUGGCUUCUGUACCCCAGGUAUUAUCAUGUCUCUAUAUGAGACUGUAUCAAUGGAUGACAACAAUGAAUCACCGAUAAUGCAAGAUAUUGAGGAAGCAUUCGAUGGACAUCUAUGCCGAUGUACCGGCUAUCGAUCUAUACUAGAUGCGGCUAAAACAUUUGCAACAGAUGUUGAUAAAUACAUUUCAAUUCGAGAAUCAUCAACAUCGAAAAUCACAUCGACGACAUUCGAUAAAUGUAUUUCGUACUCGAGUUCCAUACUCGAAUGGUAUCGUCCGAUUUCACUCGAUGAAUUACUCUCUCUUCGUCAUUCUUAUCCUGGUAGUGCAUCGAAGCUCGUCUUUGGAAACACUGCUGUCCAAAUUGAAAGAAAAUUUAAACACAUCCAACAUCAUCGUCUUAUUUCAAUAACACAUAUUGAUGAAUUACAACAAUUAAAAAGAACACCGAAUUCCUAUAUUAUUGGUGCUGGUAUUACAUUCACACGCUUACAAUCAAAAUUAUAUGAAUGGAAGAAAGAAGUGAACAGUGAUGGCGGUAUUUGUGAAGCUCUAAUUGAUCAACUGAAACAUUUUGCAUCGGCACAAAUACGAAACGUUGCUUCGUUCGGAGGUUGUAUUGUCAAUGCUUCGCCCAUGUAA